UCGUGCACAGCCGAUGAUCGUAGGCGGUAGUCAAUAGAUCGUGCUUCCAUAUAACGGCGCUUCAGGGCUUACUGAGUCGUCAGUCGCCAGUUGUGACAAUCCACAGUAGACGGGAGCUCGGUGAUAAGUCGCUAAUUCUCAAAUUCACAAAUUCUCAAAUUCUGAAGAAUAAAGAAACACAGUUUAAUGGACUGCUAAAAAGUGUCCAGCACUUUCAACGAAUCCACAAAUCAUAUCUGUGAUAUAAAUAAACUUAAUUCGGUCGCCUUCUCAAUUCAACUAAAAUCAAGAUGCAGCCACUUGUUCUCUUGAUUCUCAGUGGCCUCUUUCUCGGCACCUGGACGGCAACCGUGCAGCCUCCUCCGCUGAUCCAGACACUCAGUGCUGGCGGUGAUAUUGGACCGGAGUUUAAGCUCGAUCAGGCUGAACAGGACAAAGGCAGCGUGUUGGAAGAUGCACAAUUCUGGCGAAAAGUGGGUCUAAAGCAGCUGGAGAAGAUCAUUGGACAGGCGAAGUCCGCAAAGGAAAACUCGUAUCAACGGAAGGCAAAGAACAUUAUCAUCUUUAUAGGUGAUGGCAUGGGAUUGUCAACGAUCAGCGCUGGACGCAUCUACAAGGGACAGUACCUGAAACAUGGCCAUGGAGAGGAGGAAACGCUCUCGUUCGAUGACUUCCCCUACACCGGUUUGGCCAAGACCUACAAUGUGGAUAAACAGGUGCCGGAUUCGGCGGGCACGGCCACAGCGAUAUUUACGGGUGCUAAGAGCGACUACGGAGCCAUUGGCAUGGAUACGACGCGAUCCAAGGUGAACGCCAGCCAGGGACGGCUCGAGUCCAUCAUGGACUGGGCACAGAGCGAGGGCAAACGCACUGGAGUUGUGACCACCACCCGGAUAACACACGCAACGCCAGCAGCCACCUAUGCCCGCAUCUAUCACCGUGACUGGGAAUGCGAUACGGAGGUGCCCAAGGCGUCCGUCGGUAUACACGCGGACAUUGCACGUCAGCUGGUCGAGAAUGCACCUGGCAAUAGGCUCAAUGUGAUCCUCGGCGGCGGUCUGUCACCCAUGGGAGCCCUCAACCAAAGCGAGGUGCGAACUGUGCGCUUCGAGGGCGCCACCGAGACCAUUUGUGCGAGGGGUGAUCAACGGAAUCUGGCACAGGAAUGGCUGCAGCGACAUGCCAAUGACAGUACACCUGCAGCACUGGUGAAGACUCGCGAGGAUCUGUUGCAAGUGAAUGUCAAGGAGGUGGAUCAUCUGAUGGGUCUGUUCCGCAACAAUCACAUCACCUACUCGAUUGCACGGGAGGAGGGCGAGCCGUCGCUGCAGGAGAUGACCGAGACGGCCAUUGGUGUGCUGGAACGCGGUUCCCAGUCGGCGGGAUAUGUGCUCAUGGUGGAGGGUGGACGCAUCGAUCAGGGUCAUCAUCAGAACUACGCUCGCGCUGCUCUGCACGAGGUGUACGAACUGGAUCUGGCUGUGCAGGCGGCGCUCAAGAUGACGAGCUCGGAGGAGACCCUCAUCUUGGUCACGGCUGAUCAUUCGCAUUCGGUGACCUUCAAUGGCUAUCCCGAACGCGGCUCCGACAUAUUGGGCGCUGCCAAUCUUCACAAGCCCAAAGAUCCCAUGGUCUAUGAGACGAUUACCUAUGCCAACGGACCCGGCUACUUUGCUCAUCUGGCGAAUGACACGAAACCAGAGAACAGCUCCAACGUAUGGAGGCCAUUGAAGCAGUUCAGCAAGGAAGAUGUGGAGUCGCCCACAUACCGUCACCUGGCCACGCUGGCACUCAAGGAUGAGACUCAUGGCGGUGAGGAUGUCAUUGUCUUUGCCAGCGGUCCUGGUUCCAGUUUAGUGCGCGGCGCCUUCGAGCAGAACUACUUGGCCUAUGUGAUGAGCUAUGCCGGCUGCAUGGGUCCUGCCAAGAACUUUGAUGACUCCUGCAAGCAUCGCUUAAUGCCAGAGCACGGCAACAAUGUGGAAAGCAACGCCGCCACAAUGACACUCGAAAUGUUCUCUCUGGUCGCAUUCCUGAUCGCUAACACGCUUUGAGCUUCCACAAUUCCUUAGGCAUAUGUGUAUGAGUGCAUGUAUGUUGUUGUAUAGUAUUUACGGGUUUGUAGUUAACUUGCUAAACAUAAUAAAAUUACUUAGUUAUACAAA